CACAGUCAGAGACCCACAAAAACAAAAUUGAAUGAUUUGAUUUAUUUGUUGUACAAUUUUCAGUUUUCAUUUCAACAUCGUUAUUAUUCUUUUUGUCGAUAAAAUGAGAUCAUUCGUUUAAUAAACCAUUGUAUAAUCUGAAUCUGAAAUCGAUAUCAUGGAUUUCUUUUCGGAAAUAGUUGGAGAGACUGUGAUACUGGGAAUUGAUUCCCUUAUUUUGGGGUUUUGUGUUAAACAGCUGAGCAAAUGUAAAUAUAUUCUAAAUGCUCUACAGACAGCACCAGUACUGGACAUUGACGAGUCAUUGAACAAAGAAAUAAACAAGUAUUCCAACUACACCAUCCCAUAUGUUGUGAUCCGAGGCCUGGUGAAGCCGCUCGGCGCGCCGAUCACCAGCAACUACAACCAGUCAGUUACAGGCGUGGUGCAGCGACUCACCAUCAAGGAGCAUGUGAUUGCCCGCACCCUCGCUGGGUUCUGGUCGGAUCAGACGCGGACUAUUCACGAAGUGUGCAAUGCGGCUCCAUUUGUACUGAGUAAUGGGAAGUACAGCAUCGAGGUUGUGGACGCCCUGGCUGCUGACCUGCUUGACAUGGAUGUGAUCUCAGACAAGUUUGAACCCAUGUCCCCGGGGGUCAUUGACCAUGUGUGGGGGUUCUUCUCCGGGGUGCGCCAGCGCGGCCUGCAGACCAUGGAGGAGAUGCUGAGGGAUGGCUCCUAUAUUACUGCCAUAGGCGAGCUGAGCAGAAGCAACUCGGGCGCGCUGAAGAUCCAGCCGCCGCGGGAGGACCUGCCGCUCUACCUCACCACCAGCACCAAGAGCAGCCUGCUCAAGAGACUCGCCGGCUCCAGGGACUUCCUCAGAGUCCUCCUAAUCGUGUUCGGCGCGGUGGCAGCGGUCGCGUCGGGGCGGAUCGCCUACAAGUACCUGAAGCGACGCAAGCGACGGGACCUGGAACUAACCAUGAAGAAGCAGCUGGCGACGGGGCGGCGCGAGCGACGGGCGCAGGCGCGGGAGAGCGGGCUGGCUGAUGUGCAGCUGUGUGUGGUUUGCACGGAGAACCCUAAGGAGAUAAUCCUGCUGCCCUGCGGGCACGUCUGCCUUUGUGAGGACUGCGCGGACAACAUCAAGGAACAAUGCCCCAUAUGCAGGGAGAAAAUAGAGUCGAAAGCUCCGGCGUUUAUCACGUAAACUCAACCUGAUCUUGUAGAUAAAUGUAGGUAAUACGCAAAGCACGGUCGAUGGUUUUAGAGUCUGACUUGUCAAUAAUAAUUGUGUAAAUGUUUUUAACGGUAGUUAAAGGAAAUGAAGUUCAAAAUACGGCAGCAUUUAAUAUUUUCUGUGAAAUGAUAAUAAUGUCAUGCCAGCAUUAAGUAUCCUUAGUGCAGGUUAUUUGGUUUCAAAAAAGGUUAUGUUUUCGUUUGCCAUACAUUUAGUCAAAAGUUUCCGCUAGAGGCGCCACUUUGUAUAGAAAGAAGAAUCGAGAAAGCUUAAUAUUUCAUAGUUUAUGCAAGCUAUUAAAUCUGUCUAAGCCUAUAGGUGCCUUAUUUGGGCGUGACAGAUUAGAGCUCAGUUUAAAGAUUGGUGUCUAAUUUUAGGAUUAUAAGCUAUUGUAUGCAAUGCUGACUUGCACACCCCCAAACAUAUUGUUCUCAAGUGUUGAGGCAAUAACUAAUAUGGAAGUAACUACUAGUUAGGUAUAAUUUACUAAAAUAAAGAGUGCAAUUUUAAUGUCGAUAGGUUAUAUGAAAUUUAAAGAGUAAGAUGAUUUUAUUGGUGUAUAGAUUUGCAAUAUAGACGUAACUACAACACUGUCAUUCAUAUCAUACAGCAAGUGAUUUC